UCGGGCACGUUGACGCCGGCGACGCGCAGCCGGGCCCGCUCCUCCUGCGCUCAGCCAGUGUCCGGCCGCGGGCCGGCCUUAGCAACUGGGGGCGGCGGGCCCGGGGCCGCGGGCGCGGGGCGGGCGGCGGGCUGCCUUCGUCAGGCCCCGAGCUCGGCUGGAACGAGCAGCCGCCCGCGAGCCGCCGCGGAGCCUCCUCGCCCGCUCCCGCCGGCGAGCAAGAUGAUGUGCGAGGUGAUGCCCACCAUCAGUGAAGCGGAAGGCCCCCCCGGAGGAGGCGGGAGCCACGGGUCCAGCUCCCCGUCGCAGCCAGAUGCCGAUUCCCACUUUGAACAGUUGAUGGUCUCCAUGCUGGAAGAGAGGGACCGUCUUCUUGACACGCUGAGAGAGACUCAAGAAACGCUGGCACUAACCCAGGGGAAGUUGCACGAGGUUGGUCACGAAAGAGAUUCCUUGCAGAGGCAGCUCAAUACUGCGCUUCCACAGGAGUUUGCAGCACUUACUAAAGAACUAAAUGUAUGCAGGGAACAGCUCCUUGAACGAGAAGAAGAAAUUGCUGAACUGAAAGCGGAAAGGAACAACACCAGGCUGCUGCUGGAGCACCUGGAGUGCCUGGUGUCCCGGCACGAGCGCUCCCUACGGAUGACAGUGGUGAAGAGGCAGGCGCAGUCCCCUGCGGGCGUGUCCAGUGAGGUGGAGGUGCUCAAAGCCCUGAAGUCACUGUUUGAGCACCACAAAGCCCUGGAUGAGAAGGUGAGAGAGCGACUACGAGUAGCACUUGAAAGGUGUAGUUUGUUAGAAGAAGAAUUAGGUGCCACACAUAAAGAGCUAAUGAUCCUUAAAGAGCAGAAUAACCAGAAAAAGACUCUAACAGAUGGGGUACUUGACAUAAACCAUGAGGAAGAAAACACACCAAGUGCGAAUGGAAAGAGAUCUUCCGACGGUUCUCUGAGCCACGAGGAAGACUUGACUAAAGUGAUGGAGCUCCAGGAGGUCAUAGACAAGCAGUCCAGAGAGCAGAGCCAGAUGAAGGAGCGCCUGGCAGCUCUCUCCUCGCACGUGACGGAGCUGGAGGAGGAUCUGGACACGGCCAGGAAAGACCUCAUCAAAUCUGAGGAGGUGAACACGAAACUGCAGCGAGAUGUCCGUGAGGCCAUGGCCCAGAAGGAAGACAUGGAAGAGAGGAUCACUACUCUUGAGAAACGCUACCUCGCAGCACAGCGUGAAGCCACUUCUGUGCACGACCUCAACGAUAAACUUGAAAAUGAGAUUGCAAACAAGGAUUCUAUGCAUCGACAGACUGAGGAUAAAAACCGCCAGUUGCAAGAACGCCUGGAGCUGGCCGAACAGAAGCUGCAGCAGACCCUGCGGAGGGCGGAGACGCUCCCGGAGGUGGAGGCGGAGCUGGCCCAGAGGGUGGCCGCGCUCUCCAAGGCCGAAGAGAGACACGGCAACAUCGAGGAGAGGCUGCGCCAGAUGGAGGCCCAGCUGGAGGAGAAGAAUCAGGAGCUGCAGCGGGCCAGGCAGAGGGAGAAAAUGAAUGAAGAACAUAAUAAACGUUUAUCAGACACGGUUGACAAGCUUCUUUCAGAGUCUAACGAGCGGCUUCAGCUUCAUCUUAAAGAGAGGAUGGCAGCUCUGGAAGACAAGAAUUCUCUCCUACGAGAAGUUGAAAAUGCAAAAAAGCAGUUAGAAGAAAUGCAACAUGAUAAGGAUCAGCUGAUACUAAACCUGGAAGCCUUGAGAGCUGAACUGGAUCAGACGAGGCUGAGAGGGACUCCCCUUCACCACGGCCGACCCCACUUGGGCAGCGUCCCAGAUUUCAGGUUCCCCGUGGCGGACGGGCCCGCGGACCCCUUCAGCAGCGGCGCCGUGCUGCGACGCCCGCAGAAAGGCCGGCUGGCAGCGCUGCGCGACGAGCCUUCCAAGGUGCAGACCCUGAAUGAGCAGGACUGGGAGCGCGCCCAGCAAGCCAGCGUGCUGGCCAACGUGGCCCAGGCCUUCGAGAGUGACGUGGACGUGUCUGAUGGCGAAGGCGACAGGGACACCCUCUUCAGCUCAGCCGCUCUGCUGUCACCCAGCGGGCAGGCCGACGCGCAGACGCUGGCCAUGAUGCUUCAGGAGCAGCUGGAUGCCAUCAACAAAGAGAUCCGGUUGAUACAAGAAGAAAAGGAGAACACGGAGCAGCGGGCGGAGGAGAUUGAGAGCAGGGUGGGCAGUGGGAGCUUAGACAACCUUGGUCGUUUUAGAUCAAUGAGCUCCAUCCCCCCAUAUCCUGCUUCCUCGCUCGCUGGCUCCUCCCCUCCCAGCAGCGGGCGGUCCACCCCACGGAGGAUGCCGCACAGCCCAGCGAGGGAAGUGGAUAGACUAGGUGUCAUGACUCUGCUGCCAGCUUCCCGAGAAGAGGUACGAGAUGACAAGACGACAAUCAAAUGUGAAACCUCGCCCCCCUCCUCCCCGCGGUCUCUGCGACUGGACCGGCUGCACGCGGGGGCGCUGCACACGGCCAGCCACGAGGACGUCAGGGACGUGCGCAACUCGACAGGCUCACAGGACGGCCCCGUGAGCAACCCCAGCAGCAGCAACAGCAGCCAGGACUCGCUGCACAAAGCCCCCAAGAAGAAGGGCAUCAAGUCCUCCAUUGGCCGCUUGUUCGGCAAGAAAGAAAAGGGCCGACCUGGACACCUUGGCAAAGAGUCGCUAAGCCAAGCUGGUAUUUCAGAGACAGAAAACUCAUCUCAGGAUGCCUUGGGACUCAGCAAAUUGGGAGGACAGGCUGAAAAAAAUCGUAAACUUCAAAAAAAGCAUGAGUUGCUCGAGGAAGCCCGGAGACAAGGCUUACCUUUCGCACAAUGGGACGGGCCCACUGUUGUCGUCUGGCUGGAGCUCUGGGUGGGGAUGCCAGCCUGGUACGUGGCUGCCUGCCGGGCCAACGUGAAGAGCGGGGCCAUCAUGUCCGCCCUGUCGGACACAGAGAUCCAGCGGGAGAUAGGCAUCAGCAACCCCCUGCACCGGCUGAAGCUGAGGCUGGCCAUCCAGGAGAUCAUGUCGCUGACCAGCCCGUCCGCCCCGCCCACGUCCCGGACGACCCUGGCGUACGGGGACAUGAACCACGAGUGGAUUGGCAACGAGUGGCUGCCCAGCCUGGGCCUCCCGCAGUACCGCAGCUACUUCAUGGAGUGCCUCGUGGAUGCACGCAUGCUGGACCACUUGACCAAGAAGGACCUUCGCGGGCAGCUGAAGAUGGUGGACAGCUUUCACAGAAACAGUUUCCAGUGUGGAAUUAUGUGUCUGCGAAGGUUAAAUUAUGACCGGAAAGAACUGGAAAGAAAAAGAGAAGAAAGCCAAAAUGAACUAAAAGAUGUGCUUGUGUGGAGCAACGACCGGGUGAUCCGCUGGGUGCUCUCCAUUGGCCUCAAGGAGUAUGCAGACAACCUUGUGGAGAGCGGCGUGCACGGUGCACUCCUGGCCUUAGACGAGACCUUCGACUUCAGCGCGCUGGCCCUCCUGUUACAGAUCCCCACGCAGAACACACAGGCUCGUGCUGUCUUAGAAAGAGAGUUUAACAACCUUUUGGUCAUGGGGACUGACAGAAGGUUCGAUGAAGACGAUGAUAAAAGCUUUAGGAGAGCACCUUCUUGGAGAAAAAAAUUUAGACCAAAGGACGUUCGUGGCUUAGCUGCUGGGUCAGCAGAGACCCUCCCCGCAAACUUCCGGGUCCCGUCCUCUCUGUCCUCGCCGUCUGUGCAGCCAAAGAAGAUGCAGCUGGACGGCAGCGUGGCGGGGACGCAGAGGCUGGAUUCCGCUACAGUCAGGACUUACUCCUGCUGAGCCUCCCCCGUUUACCCACACUACUUCUACAGGUGAUUAUGCAGCAUUCUGAAUCCGACAGAGACUACGUUUUGAGCUCCAUGGAAUCUUUAAUCUGUUAAUACUUGUUAUAUGGACCUAAGAUAUUUUAUUACAGAGUUUUUAAUUAGUGAAAAAUUCAUGAAUACCAUAGAGAAAAUAUUUUAGAAUUUAAUGUUUCUUAUAUUUAUGUAAACUUAUGACUUCAUUUAUAUAGUUACUUACUUUUUCAUGUAUGUCCAGGCUAUAAAUAUCCUUUCAGAUCAAUUCAUGUUCUUAUAUCUGGUUUUAGUCUUUCACACGAAUGUACUGUAAUGCUUGUAUGUACAAAUCUUAUGAACAAAUAUAGGGCUUUUGUAAAUUAUGCAUUUAUUGUAAUUACCCUUGUUUAAUUUUUUAAUGAUAAACCAUGAGAGAGAAGAGGAUUUUACUGCGUGUGUAGAAUCAUCAUGACACAGUGUCCUUUAUCCUUUACAAAAGAUAACCUAGCUCUACAACAAUCAUUUUGAAAGAAGCAACCUUAAUUUCCAGCAAUUGUUGUAUUUUAAUGACUGACCUUAACUGUACUUUUUCUAGCAAGAAAUGCUUUACUCUGCAGCGUGAAGAGAUUAAAAAUAUCAGGUGUUAAAUGUCAGCUUCUAAUCAAAUUUGGACUGGAAGGAUUAUUAGAACACUAUGAAACUCUCUUAGGACCGGUGAACUCUUCCAUAGCCUAGUC